AUGAGCAAGAACUUGGGAAAGUCCAGCUUGUACUCGAAGUUCUCGUUGAAUCUGGCCAUUCUCGGAAAAAGAAUAAACUGCCACCUUUUUCCAACUGGUUAUCUAUUAAUCAAUUCCGCAGAUUUGAACAUUUUCGCAAAUAGUUGCAUUUUUGACGAAAAUAAUUCCGAGAAUCAAAAAUUAUUCCCAGACAAUGCUGGAGAACUGGCUUUAUCGAAAGACUCAACAACUUUGAACUCGUCGCUCGCCUUCUUGAAAGCUCUGUUGCUUGCCAUCGAAACCUCGUUCGGUAACGUGAAAAUAACCUUGCUUGUGUCGUUGAACUUGAAGUCUGUGGUUGUGAUCGUAUUAUCGUAUCGUUUGAUGCUGUACGCCGAAGUAUCGUUCUGCAACGCCUUCUUGAAGUUCCAAAUAACCGCAAACGGUCCAAUGGAUGUCGUGAUCGCGGUCGGCUCCUUCUUCUUGGAGUUCCGGUUGAUACUGAAGUUGGCUUUCGUGAAAUGCGGUUCCUUGCCGGUCUGA